AUGAAUGAUAUCUUCAAGAAACCUACCGCUGUCCAUGCAAGUGGCAAGCGAAAGCUUGAGCAGCCCAAUCACGACCCCACCGAACUUUACAAAGCUGCGAAGCUCGGGGCGAACGGCGACGUCAAGAGCAAAGGCAAAUCCGCGGCAGUCGAAGAUGAAGAAGAAGAAGACGAAGGCGAGGCUGGUCCAGAGCUCCCGCCUGAUUUUGAGGAAGACUUGCCAGAUGACGAAGAAGGCCGGUUUUUUGGUGGAGGGAUGACCAAGGAAACAACGCAGGCUAUGGAAUAUCUCGACCAGCAGGAUAAGGACGAGGGAAUAGCUCCCGAGAAAAUCGAUGUCGCCUGGGUUCGUCGCCUAGCCCUCAACUUCGAGAAGCGGAUAUCCAAAAAUGCAGAGCUGCGAGCGAAAUUUGAGAAUGAUCCACAGAAGUUCAUGGCCUCCGAAGCCGAUUUGGAUACCGACAUAAAAGCCGUCUCAGUGCUGUCGGAACAUCCAAGUUUAUACGAGGAGUUUGCGAAGCUUGGAUGCGUUGCGUCUCUGGUUUCGCUCCUUUCGCAUGACAAUACGGAUAUUGCUAUCGAUGCGAUUCAAACGGUAUCGGAAUUGAUUGACGAGGAUGUACAAACUGAGCAGGGCCAAUGGGACAGCCUUGUAAAUGCAAUGCUUGAUGCCGACGUGAUUGAACUACUGGCUCAGAAUUUGUCUCGGCUGAACGAAUCCAGCGAUGCAGACCGAACUGGAGUUUAUUAUAUUUUGAAUGUUUUGGAGAGCCUGGCGUCACAAUCAUCAGUUGCAGAGAAAAUCGGCCAAGAUGCCCACACAAUGCCCUGGCUUGUAUCCCGUAUACAACGAAAGGAGUCGCCAGUCAGUCAGAACAAACAAUACGCUGCCGAAAUUCUUGCAAUCAUCUUGCAGUCCUCCCCAGCGAACAGAAAAAAGUUUGCUUCGUCCGAUGGAGUCGACACUCUCCUUCAACUAUUAAGCUCCUACCGAAAACGAGAUCCAGAGAAGGAUUCGGAUGAAGAAGAGUACGUGGAGAACUUGUUUGAUUGUUUGACGUGUAUUGUCGACGAGGAAGAAGGCAAAGCAAAGUUCUUGGAAGCUGAAGGCCUGGAGCUUGCCCAAAUAAUGCUGCGUGAGGGUAAACUCAGCAAGCAGCGAGCGUUGCGCGUACUAGACCAUGCGCUAUCGGGGCCCACUGGUAUUGCUGCUUGCGAGCACCUAGUGGAAAUAGCAGGCUUGCGAACCAUUUUCGGAAUGUUUAUGAAAAAGCAAGAAACAGAAGCUAUCGAGCAUCUAUUGGGCAUCUUUGCCUCACUUCUACGACUUUUACCCGGAGGAUCUGCGCCGCGAAUACGUGCUCUUGCCAAAUUCAUGGAGAAAGACUACGCGAAAAUCGACAAGUUAUUGUCUCUCCGAAGAGAGUACUCUUCCAGGUUGAAACCAGUUGAAGCAUCUAUCGAGCAGGAGCGAAAAGAGGCAGACGAAGAGGAACAGGAAAUGAUGGCUGGUGAAUGGCUGUCACGCCGACUCGAUGCCGGCUUGUUUUCUCUACAGACCGUCGAUAUUAUUCUUGCUUGGCUCAUUGCCGAAGACGAUGGAGCAAAGAAAAGGAUCAUCACAUUACUUGCCGACCGAGACGAGGACCUUUCGGUCAUCCGCCAAAACAUUCGAGAUCAAAUGAAGGAUCUUGGAGAUGAAAACGAGGGCGAGAAGGACCUGAAGGUGCCCCCAAUCGAAAAGCUUUCGGAAGUCGCGAUCGAUCGAGCAAAACAAAAAGGAAAAAAGGACAUCAUGGCGGACUACGAGGAGGUCUACGAGGAUGAAUACUAUGACGAUGAGGAGGAAGGGAUCACUUCGGAAGAUUGCUGGACCGUCAUUUCGUCUUACUUUGAUUCAAAGGGUCUAGUUUCGCAGCAGCUGGAUUCCUUUGAUGAAUUCAUUUCAUCGACGAUGCAGGAGUUGGUGGAGGAGCAGGGACAAGUGACCAUCGACCAGACGAUUACUCCCAACGAGGAUGAAAUCGACCCCGUGGUCAUUCGUCGAUACCAGAUCAAAUACGGCACGAUCAUGCUUGCUCGACCCUCGGUUGCUGAGAUCAACGGGCGAACGACCAUUCUGCUGCCCAUGGACGCCCGUCAUCGAAAUCUCACCUACGCCUCUCCCUUGUAUCUUAAUGUCGAUAAAAAACUGACCGAAGGUCGCGAACGAAAAGUCGCUGACCGUGACGGCGAGGAUGGAUUGGAUGGAAGCGAGGAUCAAAAAGUUUCUGGCACUUUCUUGGACUGGGAAGAGAAACCAGUUGCCGUCACAGAGGAGGAAGCCAAAGGCUGCUACAUUGGCAGAAUACCGAUCAUGUUGAAAUCGAAAUACUGCCUGCUGAGGGACUUGAACGAACAGAGCCUUUACAACUGGAGGGAGUGUCCAUAUGACUCUGGUGGUUACUUUAUUAUCAACGGAAGUGAAAAGGUUCUAAUCGCCCAGGAGCGAAGUGCUGGAAAUAUUGUCCAAGUCUUCAAGAAGGCACCUCCAAGCCCGACGCCUUAUGUUGCGGAAAUUCGAAGUGCCGUCGAAAAGGGCUCCCGCAUUCUUUCUCAGCUGUCGCUCAAACUUUUUGCUAAGGGAGACAGUAGCAAAGGUGGCUUCGGACCGACGAUACGAUCAUCUCUGCCGUAUAUUAAAACAGACAUCCCCAUCGUCAUUGUUUUCCGAGCCCUUGGUGUUGUCUCUGAUGAAGAUAUUCUCAGCCACAUUUGCUACAAUCGCAACGAUACCCCAAUGCUUGAGAUGUUAAAGCCGUGCAUCGAAGAAGGCUUUGUGAUUCAGGAUCGAGAAGUCGCCUUGGACUUCAUCAGUAAGCGUGGCUCAUCACAGACGAGUAUGAACCACGACAGGCGUGUGCGGUACGCGAGGGAAAUCAUGCAAAAGGAAUUCCUUCCUCACAUCUCUCAGAGUGAAGGAAGCGAAACUCGAAAGGCAUAUUUCUUGGGCUACAUGGUACACAAGCUUCUACAAUGUGCGCUGGGCCGUCGAGAUGUUGAUGACCGAGAUCAUUUUGGUAAGAAGCGUCUUGAUUUGGCUGGUCCACUUCUAGCAACGCUUUUCCGAACCCUCUUCACUCGGGUCACGAGGGAUCUUACUCGCUACGUUCAGCGCUGCGUUGAAACAAACCGCGAGGUCGUGUUGAACGUCGGUCUCAAGGCUGCUACUUUGACUGGUGGUCUCAAAUAUGCUCUUGCUACGGGUAACUGGGGCGAGCAAAAGAAGGCCAUGAGCUCCAAGGCAGGUGUCUCUCAGGUGCUCAGUAGAUACACAUUUGCUUCUAGUCUGUCUCAUUUGCGACGUACCAAUACACCAAUUGGUCGAGACGGGAAAAUCGCCAAGCCUCGACAGCUGCACAACACUCACUGGGGUCUUGUCUGCCCAGCCGAAACGCCUGAAGGCCAGGCUUGUGGUCUGGUUAAGAACCUAGCACUGAUGUGCUCCAUCACUGUUGGAUCGCCUAGCGAGCCCAUCGUUGACUUUAUGAUUCAACGAAAUAUGGAAGUUCUCGAAGAGUUUGAGCCAACGGUCACACCCAAUGUCACCAAAGUUUUUGUCAACGGUGUCUGGGUCGGUGUUCAUCGUGAUCCUGCACAUUUGGUUAGCACUGUUCAGGCACUUCGUCGACGGAACAUGAUAUCGCAUGAAGUAAGCUUGGUUCGCGAUAUGCGUGACCGAGAGUUCAAGAUUUUCACGGAUGCUGGCCGAGUGUGUCGACCUCUCUUUGUGAUUGACAAUGACCCCAGGAGUGAAAACUGCGGAUCGCUGGUACUUAAUAAAGAGCACAUCCGCAAACUCGAAGCAGAUCGCGAACUUCCGCCGGACCUUGACCCAGAGGAGCGGCGUGAACAGUACUACGGGUGGGAAGGCCUCGUCAAGUCAGGGGUGAUUGAAUAUGUGGACGCCGAAGAAGAAGAGACGAUUAUGAUUGCAAUGACACCAGAGGAUCUGGAGAUCUCGAAGCAGCUGCAAGCGGGGUAUGCGAUGCCAGAAGACACCCACAAUCCGAACAAGCGGGUUCGCUCUAUCUUGAGUCAAAAGGCGCAUAUCUGGACACAUUGUGAGAUUCAUCCAAGUAUGAUUCUGGGUAUCUGUGCCAGUAUCAUUCCGUUCCCCGACCACAACCAGUCGCCCCGUAACGUAUACCAGUCUGCCAUGGGUAAACAGGCCAUGGGAGUCUUCUUAACGAAUUUCGACCAGCGCAUGGAAACAAUGGCCAACAUUCUUUACUACCCGCAGAAGCCGUUGGCGACUACACGAUCUAUGGAGUUUUUGAAGUUCCGCGAGCUGCCAGCUGGUCAGAAUGCCAUUGUCGCCAUUGCAUGUUACUCUGGUUACAACCAGGAAGACUCUGUUAUUUUGAGUCAGAGUGGCGUUGAUCGUGGUCUGUUCCGUAGUUUGUUCUACCGCACGUAUACUGAAAGCGAGAGGAAGCUUGGCCUGCAGACGGUUGAAACGUUUGAAAAGCCAACGCGUGCGGAUACAAUUGGCAUGAGGAAAGGCACUUACGACAAGAUCGAAGAUGACGGACUUGUUGCGCCCGGUGUGCGAGUUACUGGUGAAGAUAUCAUCAUCGGGAAAACAGCGCCGUUGGCACCGGAUGCCGAAGAAUUGGGCCAGCGUACUCAGGCUCACACCAAAAUCGACGUGUCAACGUCCCUGCGAGCGACCGAGUCCGGUAUCAUUGACAGGGUGUUGGUCACUGCGGGCAACGAUGCCGAGUUGAAAUUGGUCAAGGUCCGAACGAGGACGACCAAGAUACCUCAAAUUGGAGACAAGUUUGCGUCCCGCCACGGACAAAAGGGUACGAUUGGUAUCACAUACCGACAAGAGGAUAUGCCUUUUACUCGCGAGGGUAUUGUUCCUGAUCUGAUCAUCAACCCGCAUGCCAUUCCAUCGCGUAUGACGAUUGCGCAUUUGAUCGAGUGUCAGCUCAGUAAAGUGUCUUCGCUCCGUGGGUACGAAGGUGACGCCACUCCCUUUACGGAUGUCACGGUCGACUCUGUGUCCCGACUUCUGCGCGAACACGGCUAUCAAUCGCGCGGCUUUGAGGUCAUGUACAACGGACACACUGGCAAGAAGCUCCGAGCGCAGGUGUUCCUCGGACCUACAUACUAUCAACGUCUACGACACAUGGUGGACGACAAGAUCCACGCGCGAGCUCGUGGGCCGACGCAGAUCCUGACUCGACAGCCCGUUGAAGGUCGUGCGCGUGACGGUGGUCUGCGAUUCGGAGAAAUGGAGCGCGAUUGUAUGAUUGCCCACGGCGCCAGCGCGUUCCUGAAGGAGCGACUGUUUGAUGUGUCUGAUCCAUUCCGGGUUCACAUUUGCGACGACUGCGGGCUGAUGACACCGAUUGCGAAACUGAAGAAGGGCUUAUUCGAGUGCCGACUGUGUAACAACAAACACCGCAUCUCGCAGGUGCAUAUUCCGUAUGCAGCCAAGCUGCUCUUCCAGGAAUUGGCCGCCAUGAACAUUGCAGCACGCAUGUUCACUGACCGGUCUGGUGUGUCUGUGCGGUAG